AGUCUUGAAUACCUUAUACAGCAAAUUCGCGCUCCUUUAUAUAUAUAGUUAAUCAAUUUCACAACUAAUUUUUAUUAAUUUUUCUUUUUCAGUUGAAAAUUAAUAAUUAACUUACGCAUCUUUUUUAUAACAGAGCCCAAUAAUCUUUUCUGCUAUCGUUUCAAUUUUCAGUAAGAAAAAGGAAAUCAAACCAGUCGGAUCGGACCCAUUCUUUUGGGCAUCAGUCGUGCUCAGCCUUCUUUGAGUAUCUGGAUUACAAUAUCUAAUUACCUUAAAACCCUUAUUUAUUUACAAGUUUCCAAUUCCAACCCUACAUUUUUUGAAUUCUCAAAUAUUUUACCCAAUCAAAGCAUUUCUUUCUUUCAUCGGUGCAUGGCUUUCCUAACCGUAAGUAAGUGAGCAAAAUCUGAAGUAAAGAUGAUGCUGGAUCUAGGUCCAUUCUCGGACGACAAAUUCGAUCCCAAGAAAUGGAUAAACUCAGCUUGCAAAUCACGCCACCCACAGGAAUCACUAGACAAGCACCUAGUGGAUCUCGAGAUGAAGCUUCAGAUGGUCUCCGAGGAAAUUUCGGCUUCGCUGGAAGAGCAGAGCGCCGCCGCACUUCUCCGCGUCCCACGAGCUACUCGCGAUGUCAUUCGCCUCCGUGACGACGCUGUUUCACUUCGCAAUUCCGUCUCUGCAAUCUUCCAGAAGCUUAAAAAGGCAGAGGGAUCUUCAGCGGAAUCUAUAGCUGCACUUGCUAAAGUUGAUACUGUUAAACAGAGAAUGGAAGCUGCUUAUGAGACUUUGCAGGAUGCUGCUGGAUUAACUCAAUUAAGUUCGACCGUAGAGGAUGUCUUUGCGAGUGGUGAUCUUCCUCGAGCUGCAGAAACCUUGGCUAACAUGAGGCAUUGCUUGUCUGCUGUUGGCGAGGUGGCUGAAUUUGCUAAUGUUAGGAGACAACUUGAGGUCUUAGAGGAUAGGCUGGAUGCAAUGGUACAGCCUCGUCUAACAGAUGCAUUGUGCAAUCGCAAGGUUGAUAUUGCCCAAGAUUUGAGAGGAAUUCUUAUUAGAAUUGGGAGAUUUAGGUCUCUUGAGAUGCACUACACGAAGGUUCACCUAAAGCCCAUUAAGCAGCUCUGGGAAGAUUUCGACUCAAGACAACGAGCUAACAAGCUUGCAACUGAGAAGCAUGACACAGGAAAGUUGUCAACCAAUAGUGAUUUGCCUGCAGUUUCAUUUCUGAGUUGGUUGCCAAGUUUCUACGAUGAGCUGCUGCUCUAUCUUGAACAAGAAUGGAAGUGGUGUAUGCUCGCUUUUCCUGACGAUUACAGGAGUCUUGUUCCAAAGCUCCUAAUUGAGACAAUGCAAGCUGUUGGGGCAAGCUUCAUUUCUCGUAUCAAUCUUGCAACUGGAGAGGUCAUUCCUGAAACAAAAGCACUUGCCAAAGGCAUAUUAGAUAUUUUGUCUGGAGAUAUGCCAAAAGGUAUCAAGAUUCAAACUAAGCAUCUUGAGGCCCUAAUUGAGUUGCACAACAUGACGGGGACCUUUGCAAGGAAUAUUCAGCACUUAUUUUCGGAGUCUGAUCUCCGAGUUUUAUUGGAUACGUUGAAGGCAGUUUACCUUCCUUAUGAAUCAUUUAAGCAGAGGUAUGGACAGAUGGAACGUGCCAUCCUGUCCUCUGAGAUUGCAGGUGUGGAUCUGAGGGGAGCUGUUACUCGAGGUGUGGGAGCUCAGGGAAUUGAACUGAGCGAAACAGUUCGGAGAAUGGAAGAAUCUAUUCCUCAAGUCAUUGUACUUCUUGAAGCAGCUGUGGAGAGGUGCAUUAACCUUACUGGUGGCUCUGAGGCAGAUGAACUAAUUCUUGCACUUGAUGACAUAAUGCUACAGUACAUCUCUAUUCUUCAGGAGACCCUUAAAUCACUAAGGGCUGUCUGUGGAGUGGAUAAUGUUAGCGAUCCAAAGAAGGACGUGAGUUUGGAGAAAAAGGAGGGGAGCCAAAAUGUACGCAAAGCUGACUCUGUAUCAAAUGAGGAGGAAUGGUCCAUUGUCCAGGGGGCUUUACAGAUACUUACUGUUGCAGAUUGUCUCACAAGGCGAUCCUCUGUGUUUGAAGCUUCCUUGAGAGCAACCCUAGCUAGACUCAGCACAAGUUUGUCUCUUUCUGUAUUUGGAUCAAGUUUAGACCAAAACCAGGCACACAUGGCUAGUAAUGAUGGAAAUGGAGAGCCAUCAUUAGGUGGAAGGGCUGCUUUGGAUGUGGCAGCUGUUCGGCUUGUUGAUGUUCCUGAGAAGGCUCGGAAAUUAUUUAACCUUUUAGAUCAGUCCAAAGAUCCUCGGUUUCAUGCACUUCCGCUGGCAUCUCAAAGAGUCGCAGCAUUUGCUGACACAGUGAAUGAGCUUGUGUAUGAUGUACUCAUAUCUAAAGUACGUCUACGCCUCAAUGAUGUGUCUCGCUUGCCAAUUUGGUCCUCAGUAGAGGAACAGAGUGCCUUCCCUCUUCCGAUCUUCAGUGCGUAUCCACAAUCAUAUGUUACCAGUGUUGGUGAAUAUCUUCUUACUUUGCCCCAACAACUGGAGCCCCUUGCCGAGGGCAUAUCUAACAGUGAUGCCAACAAUGAUGAAGCCCAGUUUUUCGCAACUGAAUGGAUGUUCAAGGUUGCAGAAGGUGCCAGUGCUCUUUACAUGGAGCAGUUGCGGGGCAUCCAGUACAUAACAGAUCGUGGAGCACAACAGCUCUCUGUUGAUAUUGAGUACUUGAGUAAUGUGCUUUCCGCCCUAUCAAUGCCAAUACCUCCAAUUCUUGCAACUUUCCACACUUGCCUCUCAACUCCGAGAGACCAGCUGAAGUAUCUUGUCAAAUCAGAUGCUGGGAACCAACUUGAUCUCCCGACAGCGAACCUUGUGUGUAAAAUUCGGAGAGUUAGUUUAGACUAAAGGUAUACAUUCAAUCUGAAAUUAUUUUUUUGGUCUUCCUUGUGAAAACAUUAAUUGAUAUUCAACAAAAGGUAUAGAUUUCUGUUUUUGGUCC